GAAGAAGACGAAGAAGAAGCCCGCACCACGGAAGUACGCGGGAAAUGUCUGCUUGUCUUCUGCGGUUAAAAUAAGUGUCUUGAGAUGAGACCAACGGUGGUUUUAACGUGUUCAGUCCUAUUUUACUAUCUGGAGAUUGUACAUUCCCGAGGUGUCCAUGGAAAGCAAGAAUGGCCGAUUCCUUACAGGCGAUUUGAUUAUCGACCCGCUGCGGACUCGUACUGUGAAGCCAUGUUCCCCUUCUGCCCCACCGGCGACAGGGAUGGUCGGAUCCCCUACAUGAAUAACUGGGAUGUCAUCUCGCUAUUUCGAAUGCAAGCUCCAGUGUGGGAGUUUAAAUAUGGAUCAUUGCUGGGGAAAAUGCAUAUCAUGCAUGAUGCCAUUGGGUUCAGCAGUGCUGAAACGGGGAGAAACUACACCAUGGAGUGGUAUGAACUCUUCCAGCUGGGCAACUGCACCUUCCCUCACCUGAGACGUGAGACUAACAACCCCUUCUGGUGCAACCAGGGCGCUGCAUGCUUCUUUGAGGGGAUUGAUGACGUCCACUGGUCUGAGAAUGGCACCUUGGAGAAAGUGGGAGAGAUCUCAGGUGGCCAGUUCAACGAGAUGGCCUUGUGGGUCCAGGGCGACAACCAGACUGGGAUUUAUUAUGAGACGUGGACGGUCCGCUCAGACCCCGGCCCCAACGCCACCGUGUGGUUUGACUCCUACGACUGCUCCCAGUUCGUCCAUCGCACCUACAGGUAUCUUACUCAGCAGGGAGCCAAGCUGUCCAGCCGAUCCCAGACCAACUACACUAAGAUCUACCUGUACAGUGGGGAGCCGACCUACUUGGGGGACGAUGAUUCUAUCUUCCGGGAGCCUUCUGCGAAGACCCUGGCCGACGACAUCCGCAAGUUCUAUCACCCUUUCCGACCUCACCAGUCGUACAUGGACUUUGUCCUCAGUCUCGCGGAGGCUUAUCAGAAGGUGGUAGAGGAGAAGAGCUUCUACUUGUACUAUAACUUUGAAUAUUGGCACUUACCCAUGAAAUCUCCGUAUGUGCAGAUCACGUACGAGGAAGUGCCUUUGCCGUAAGGCCACAAUUCGUAAUUGGUUUAUCAGCCAAACGGCAGCCGAGCCACUUCUUUGCAAUAAAGCUGAGGGAUGGGGCUGGAAUAUGUUACCACUCAAAGUCAGAUGGAGCUAUGGAUGGAAGGACUAUUGUUAAUUGAACUUGCCAUUCAUUGAACAGCAACUUAACUUUGUCACAUGCGCCGAAUACAACAACGGUAGACCUUGAUGCUUACCUAGAUGCUUACUUACAAGCCCUUAACCAACAGUGCAGUUCAAGAAAGACUUAAGAAAAUAUUCAGCAAAUAAACUAAA